AUGCCGGUGAGAGCUCCGGUGGUUUCCUUCCCCCGGUCCCGCCGCCGUGAUGCUGCGCAGCAGCGGGCGGGCGCGCGCCGUUACGCAACACCCCCGCCUGUCCCGCGCGCUAUAAACGGAUCAGCGUCUCCCAGCCUCCGGUCCCGCAGCCAGCCUCACACCGGCCAGCUCUCAGGCAUCAUGGGAAAGGAGAAACUCCACAUCAACAUCGUGGUAAUCGGCCAUGUGGACUCUGGAAAGUCCACCACCACAGGCCACCUCAUCUAUAAGUGCGGCGGUAUUGACAAGAGAACAAUCGAGAAGUUCGAGAAGGAAGCUGCUGAGAUGGGAAAAGGCUCAUUCAAAUAUGCCUGGGUGCUGGACAAGCUGAAGGCAGAGAGGGAGCGGGGCAUUACCAUCGACAUCUCUCUGUGGAAGUUUGAGACCAGCAAGUACUAUGUGACCAUCAUCGAUGCCCCGGGACACAGGGACUUCAUAAAGAACAUGAUCACUGGGACCUCCCAGGCCGACUGUGCGGUGCUCAUUGUGGCAGCGGGUGUCGGAGAAUUUGAGGCCGGCAUAUCUAAGAACGGACAGACCCGCGAGCAUGCCCUCCUGGCCUACACUUUGGGAGUCAAGCAGCUCAUUGUGGGGAUCAACAAGAUGGACUCCACCGAGCCAAACUAUAGCCAGAAGCGGUAUGAGGAAAUUGUGAAGGAAGUGAGCACCUACAUCAAGAAGAUUGGCUACAACCCAGACACCGUCGCCUUCGUGCCCAUUUCAGGCUGGAAUGGAGACAACAUGCUGGAGCCCAGCCCCAACAUGACUUGGUUUAAGGGGUGGAAGAUCAACAGGAAGGAAGGCAAUGCUUCGGGCACCACUCUCCUGGAGGCGCUAGAUGCCAUCCAGCCCCCGUCCCGUCCUACAGACAAACCACUACGUCUUCCCCUGCAGGACGUCUACAAGAUAGGAGGUAUUGGAACUGUGCCUGUGGGUCGUGUGGAAACAGGCAUACUGAAGCCUGGCAUGGUGGUGACCUUUGCCCCCGUUAAUGUGACCACUGAGGUGAAAUCUGUGGAAAUGCAUCAUGAGGCCCUGACUGAGGCGCUUCCAGGUGACAACGUGGGCUUCAAUGUUAAGAACGUGUCUGUGAAGGAUAUCCGUCGUGGCAAUGUGGCUGGAGACAGCAAGAACGACCCUCCACAGGAGGCUGCUAACUUCACUGCUCAGGUGAUCAUCCUAAAUCACCCUGGUCAGAUCAGUGCUGGCUAUGCCCCCGUGCUGGACUGCCACACGGCUCACAUUGCCUGCAAGUUUGCCGAGCUCAAGGAAAAGAUCGAUCGCCGCUCUGGCAAAAAGCUGGAAGACAACCCCAAAUCUCUGAAGUCUGGGGACGCUGCAAUCGUAGAUAUGAUUCCGGGCAAGCCAAUGUGCGUUGAGAGCUUCUCCGAGUAUCCUCCGCUGGGUCGUUUUGCGGUGCGCGACAUGCGUCAGACUGUGGCCGUUGGUGUGAUCAAGGGUGUGGAAAAGAAGGCCGCCACCACUGAAUGGACGGUGUCCAAGAAGAAAAAAGGCUGCCCCGCUGUGACAAUUACCACUGACAAAGGCAUCUCCCUUGAUGUUGUCCUCUGUCUUGAAGUUAAAUCUAGCUGGCCGGAUUUUACAAAGGAUGGUCUUAAAAUAGAGGGGUGGCUUGGAACUAAAGUAAGAAGAGACCUAAGACGAGAGUCUUAUUAUCUCGUUCCAAAAUAUGAAGGGCGGGGCACAGCGGAAAAUGAUGGGGUCCUUGCUAAAGAUGCUUGGCGGAUUUCAUUUUCCCACAUUGAGAAGGCCAUUCUGAGCAAUCAUGGCUCAGAGAAGACCUGCUGUGAAAGCGGCGGCGCAAAUUGCUGCAGGUUAGAAUCAAACAAACACAAAUCACAAGUCCUCAUUGAUCAUUUUGGCCUCAUCAUGGACUCUUUCUUACUCUUUUCACACAGGAAGGACUGUUUGAAGCUCCUAAAGUAUCUUCUACAUCUGCUAAAGUCAAAUCAACCAUUUGAUAAGUUUUGCUCCUAUCAUGCCAAAACUACGCUCUUUCACGCCUGUUCCACCAGAACCAAAGACAGCGACUGGAGGGCCUCAGAUCUGAGCUCCUGUUUUAACCUCCUCCUGCAGGACUUUGAGAAGCACCUGGAAACUGGUAUACUGCCAAACUUCUUCAUCCCCACUCAGAACCUACUAAGCAACACUGAAGAGAAAAAGCGCAAACAUCUAGCCAAGCUCAUCAAGGCGGAGCGCGAAAAUGGUUUUCCCAUUUUUGAGAAACUUGAAAAUACACAUUAA